AUGCAAAGUACUGUAACUAGUGGACCAAGUGUUGUGCCAAGACCUGUUGCACCAAGACCCGAUGUGAAAAUAAUUGUUCCGGCAGCUCCACCAGCACCUGCACCAACACCUGCACCAACACCUGCACCGACACCUGCACCUGCACCAGCACCCUGUGUUCCAACAAAUUGCCCUGGAGGAUAUAGGCUUUUAAAUGACGAAUCUGCUAGAACUAGUUGUUACUUCUACAGUGAUGGAGACACUGAACAAACGUGGGGUAAUGCUCAGAAGAUAUGUUCCUCGACAGCAGGAGCCUACCUAUGGAGGCCCAAUACAAAAGAAGAAGCUGAUGCUGUAAGAAAUACAUUUGGUUUUGCAAGUGACGUAGAUAUAUGGACUGGCGCACAUAGUCCUACUCAUGACAAAAAUUUUGUAUUUGUCGUUGACAAUGGUGUUUAUUUGAAUGAUAAAGUUCCAUUUGGAGAAGCAGAGGGUAACGAUAACGAAGACUGUGUUGAAAUAGAAUUGGAUCCAGAUUCAAAUUUGUGGAACUGGGAUUUGGAUGACUGUUAUAGCACAUAUCGAUAUAUUUGCGAAUUGCCAAGGUUUAUUAGUUUAAAGGGAAUGAAACUAGUUCCAGUAAUCAAACGCAUAAGACCAGGACAGCCGGAAUCAUUAAAAGGAUUACAUGUAGCUAGAAUAAAUAAAGAGCUGAAAACUGAAAAUUUGAACAUGGAGGAGAUAGCGCAACAUGUAAAGAUGCUUACUGGGGAGGACUUGGAUGAAAUUUGCCAGUUGUCUGGGAGAAGUGAUGACGAUGUGGGUGAGGCCAGGUGGAUCCUCCACUCACUGAUUAUAUAUGCAAAUGAGUUUGGACAGCCGAAGGGUCAAGAUCUGCAGGUUUCGGAAGGAGACCCUGCUCCAAUACAAAGUACUUCUGAUAUGGACACUCAACCAAAGGCUGGAAAAAGAAAACCCGACUUGUCCACUGAGAGUGAUACCUUAGAGGAUAGGAUAGCUUCCUUGGAAAAAAAGACCAAAGUUGAAAUGAUAACAGAGCUGAAGGACAAGGGAACUACGGAUACAACUAUUGGGGAUUCUUUUGUACAAAUCCCAGAGUGGGAGUUAGAAAGUGGAUUUGAUCCUUUGAAUGUAACAGUAAGGGAAAAACCAGCAUGGCUAACACUUAAAGGCAGAGUUCCUUCGCUUAUAAACCUCAGUCCACGUGCGGAAGAGGUCUAUCAUGAUAAUGUUUUGUUUGAUAUAGACUCUUUACAAUUACGUGACCCUGAUAAAUUUGUCUCUGGACAGUUACAUAAUUGUGUAUCAGAAUGGAGGCUUAUUCUUGAUGAAAAUGCACAUCAAGACGUGGUGAAAUGGCUUGAAGAUGGAGUUGAUGUUGCAGAGUUUUUUCGACGUUUUAAGGGAAACUUUAAGGGAAGAAAUUAUGACUCUGAAAUACCCCCUAGAAAUUAUUUUCAGAAUGCAGCUAUUUGUAAAAAAUACUCUGCUUUUAUAUCAAAAGAAUUGUGCGAGAGAAUUUCAACUGGGUACAUCAAACUUUUGGGAAGGGUAGGUGAAUGUCAACCCCCUAAAGUUAUUAUGCCGUUAACUGUAGAACCAAGUAAACCACGGUUAUGCCAUGACGAAAGAUAUCUUAAUUUAUGGGUCAAAGAUUUACCUUUUCAUUUGGAGAAUUUGAAAGAUGUUCAUAGGUUGGUUCAAGAGAAUGCUUUGAUGAUAACAUGUGAUGAAAAGUCAGGCUAUGACCAUGUCAAUUUGCAAGAAUCAUCUCAGACAUAUUUUGGUAUUCAAUUUGGUGGUAUUUAUAUGACAUAUACUACUCUACCGUUUGGAUGGAAAGCGUCGCCGUUUAUCUACCAAUCGAUAGGAAUUUGCUUAACCUCUUAUUUAAGACAGCUAGACGUCAAAAAUACAUUGUAUAUCGACGAUAGGUUUGUUGUUACAGGUGGAAGUAAGAAUACCGAUGAUGCUAUGCUUGAAGCAAGUAAAAUAACCUAUAUGGCGUUGCAGUUGCUGACAAGGCUAGGUUAUACACUGUCUCUUAGUAAAUGUUCACUGAUACCUGGCACAUGUAAGAAAUUUCUUGUUUUUUUAGUUGACUCUGUUAAACAGGCGAACAUACUUUCUGAUGAUAAGAAACUGAAAUUUAUUGAUUUGAGGAAAUCUAUACUUUUAAUGGAUGAGGUUGACUUGAGGACACUGCAAAGAUGUUGUGGUAAAUGUAUUUCUUUGACAUUGGCUGUUCCAGGGUGCAAAUUGUUUUGUAGGGAAGUGAAUGCUGCAAUAUCUACUUGUGUUAAAAACAGUAGAAAGGUUAAGGUAUUAGGACCUUUGAGGGAUGAACUAAUGCAUUGGCGUUUUCUUGAUACUUGGACUGGAUAUUCCAAAUGGAGGUCUGAAUUUCAAAAGGUGAUUGAGUUGUCGACUGAUUCCUCUGGUUUCAGGUAUGGCGCUUCAGUGAAGCUUGAGGCGAGUACAAUGACAUUGGGAGACUAUUGGGAUACAAAUGACUGUAGGCGAAUUCAUGAGAAAGAGGCUGAUGCUGUCCUUAAGUCGUUACAGUCUUUAGACAGUUCUUUACAAGAUUCUAGGGUAGAUUUGUUUACAGACAACAUGGCUGUUAUAGCGGCAUGGGAAAACCAAGGUUGCAAGUCUAGAGCUUUAAGUUGCAUCAUGAAAGAAAUAUUUAGCCAUGUGUCAACUUAUAACAUUGAUUUACAUUUGAAAUAUGUCCCUUCAUGUUUAAACGAAGCGGAUGCCCCAUCAAGAUUAACUAAUACCGCGGAUUCAAUGUUAAGUGAGGAGUCAUGGUUACUGGUAGAGUCUUUGUAUGGUCCCCAUUCAGUUGACCUAAUGUCUUUGGAUUCUAAUGUCAUGAAGUCAUCUACAGGUGUUCCACUGAAACAUUUUACGCCAUGGCCUUCCCCAUGUUCCGCAGGAGUUAAUUUGUUCUCACAGAACCUGAGGAGUGAGCAAAAUCCGUAUGUUUACCCACCUCUCGUACUUGUAUUUCCAGUAUUGAGUCUGUUGCGAGAGCAGGGCAUUUCUUGUACAAUUAUUGUCCCCGAAAUGCUACCUUUACCGAUAUGGUGGCCAAUUUUGAAAUAUUACUCCAUGGAAUCGGUAUGCCUUAGUAUUAAGGGUGACAAAGGUGUAGUCAAGACGCCCUCAAAACGUGGCUUUAUUCUAGAUAAAGUGGGAUUAAGGUGGUUAUUGUUUGCAUUUAGGAUCUUAUUUUCACGAAGCUAG